AGCUGAAGGUUACUUGUAAUGGCCGUCCAACCUUUUGGACUCGUUGACAACAUAGUUACGAGGCUGGAUUGUUCAUGGAUCGAAUCUGAUCGUAGGCUAUCAGUGGACAGGAGAGAGCAAGAUAUUAAUCAUCCAAGCCACCACCAUCCAUUGUGCAAGUGGGACCGUGGUAAUAUUAAUCGUCCGGACAUAAUAUGCAGAGGAUGCAACCGAGACUUGGCGGAUGUCUACUGCCCAGAAGAGGGAUGUGAGUAUUUCUUACACACCUUUUGUGCUGAUUUGGGAAGACUUAAUAAUUACUCCCACGUAGAUCAUCCCCUACACCCUCAACACCCUCUAACAUUCCACUUUGAUAGUUUUCCAAAUGAUCAAACAGAGUUUGUAUGCAGCUUCUGUAAAGAAGCAAAAACAUCAGGAUGCUUUCUACUCCACUGUGCUCACUGUGAUUUCUACCUUGAUUUUUAUUGCGCACUUAAUUUCGAAUCAAAAAAGACAUUGCUUUCUCAAUACCAGUUUCCACAUUUCUUACAUCCUCAUCAGGGCCAUACCUAUUCGCCCUAUCGUUCUUUGGAUUGUAAGAAAAAAUGCCGAGCAUGCGGCUUAAGUAUUGGGUACAAUGCACUCGUCUUGAAGUGCAGUGGGUUCAGGUGUAUGUAUUAUCUCCAUGUGCAUUGUUUUCGGCUUCCGAAAGAGAUGAAGCAUCCUUUGCAUCCGCAACAUACUCUCACGCUUCUUGAGGGACCACCGCGGCCAAAGGUGGAUCCAAAGGUGGAUGAUCCUUUUGAUCUCUUUGCUUUUAAUCUCUCACCUGGUCUUUGUUGUAAUGCGUGUCAGAAUAAUUUGAAGAAUUUAUUUGUUCUCCACUGUAACCAGUGUCCCGAGUUCAUUCUUGAUAUUAGCUGUGCUUACAUCAAUCCCAAUUUCAAAUGCGACCGUCAUAACCAUCUUCUCGCCUGUUUUGAUACUUACUGGGACCUCGAUGAUCGCUGUGCUGUCUGUAAUGCUCGGUGCAGGAAUAAUGGAAAGGUGUACCGUUGUGUGGACUGCAAUUUCAAUGUCCACAAAGCAUGCCUGUCCUUGCCACUUAAAGUUGAUUAUGAAGACCAUGUUCAUCCCUUUACUCUUGUCACUUCAUUGAAUGAGGACAAAGAUGGUAAAUAUUAUUGUGAUCUCUGUGAAGAAAGAAGAGAACCAAACCACGGCCUUUAUUGUUGUGUAGAAUGCGGGCCAUCAUUCGUUGCUCAUUUCGAAUGCGUUCUAGCUCCGAGCUACAGAGAGGGAAACCCACCCUGGAUGAUCAGUCGAAGAUUUUUAAAAACUCUAAAGUACAAAGCAGAAACUCCAACUAUCGCAUUUACGGAUGAUGAAAGCCUACUGUUCUUGAAAUUGAAUAUGAAGAUAAAGGAGAUGGAACAAAUGCUGAAACAACUGCCCCGCGAAGGAUACAGGGAAAAUGUGACAGAAAAACUGGACGAACUUGAGAAAAGGAAUGCAGAAGUUGAAGGAAUGAUAAGACAACUACGGGAACUAAUGAAUUAACAUGAAUUAUUAUUAAUAUUAUUUAUGUUAAUUAAUUUUAGCUAGGCAAA